GCCCCGGAAGCGGAAGCGCGGGGCGGGGGCGGGGCCCGGCGCGCAGCGAAGAUGCCGGCGCUGCUGGAGCGGCCCAAGCUCUCCUCGGCCAUGGCGCGCGCCCUGCACCGCCACGUCAUGGUGGAGCGCGAGCGCAAGCGGCAGGAGGAGGAGGAGGUGGACAAGAUGAUGGAGCAGAAGAUGAAGGAAGAGCAGGAACGACGCCGGAAGAAGGAGAUGGAGGAACGCAUGUCGCUGGAGGAGACCAAAGAGCAGAUCUGUAAGCUGGGGGAAAGGCUGCAGGCUUUACAAGAGGAGAAGCAUCAGCUUUUCCUGCAGCUGAAGAAGGUGCUGCAUGAGGAGGAGAAGCGCCGGCGCAAGGAGCAGAGCGACUUGACAACGCUGACGGCGGCAGCCUAUCAGCAGGGCAUGGUCGCGCACGCCGGGACCCACAUCCUCAACAUGCAGGGGAGCCCCGGGGGGCACAGCCGGGCCGGGACACUGAUAUCGGCCGACCGGAGCAAGCAGAUCUUCGCGCCCCCUGUGAUCACGACGCGGCACUUUGCCACCCAGCCGGCCUUCGCGCCUGGCACCCCGGAGCACGGGCAGUACCAGAGCGGGCAGGCCGGGCACAGCCCCUAUGCCGUGGGGCAGGGCCAGCACUUCGCCCCGGGCCAGGCCGUGCCCGUCAGCUACGCCGGCAGCCAGCCCAUCCGCGGCCCCUCGGCCUUCCCCGCAAUGCAGUACCUGUCGCAGCAGCCGCCGGGGUUCGCGCUCCACGGGCACUUCCCCCCCGCCCAGCCAGGUUUCAUCCCCCCCAGCACAACCAUCCCCCUGCAGAAGCAACUGGAACAUGCGAACCAGCAGUCCGGCUUCACUGACUCGGCGACCCUCCGCCCGAUGCACCCCCAGGCCCUGCACCCCAACCAGACCCUGCUGCCCAGCCCCCAAAUCCCCGUCCAGAUGCAGCCGGCCAGCAAGUCUGGCCUGGCCUCGCCCGGGAGCUUCCCGCACGGCUCCACCCCCCAGCAGCCCCACACGUCGGGUUUCCCUGCCAGCGGCCAGCCGGCCUCGCGUCACCCCUUCAUCCAGCACGCCCAGGGCCAGCGCUUCUACCACAAGUGAGCCCCCGCCCGGCCUGCGGGGCGCCCAGCUCUGGGGAGGGGCCCGUGCCUCCCCCCCCCCCCAAUAAAUGGGGAGCCUCCAGUUGCA